AGGCUUUGGAAGUUUUUCUUAAUAUAAGCCGGAAUUUGAACACGUAACAGUUUUUAAGCUCGUCAAGGAAGUAUGUGGAUUUCCAGAAAUCCAAAGACAGCUAUGACAUUUAAUGACCGUUGCUAGUAUACAUUUUUUUUUUAACAAUUAUAGGUGUAGAAUCAAUGAAACAAGGCGACUGUGAGGAGGAGUGUAUCUAUCAACGAUUACUUAUCAACGGGUGGAAAAGUAAAACUGUGUGACUGUGUUAUGAAACCAAUGGAUUUCCCUGAAAAUUCACCUAUUCAGCUGUUGCAGAUCACUCGAGCAUAAUUAAGGAGACUCGUCUCUAAGCUCGAUUUUGUCUCCGUGCUGCAGAGAGAACCAGUACGUGUGUCCCUGGGCUUCCACGCCUGACCUCCACCCGACUCUAGCUAUACCUGACAGCGAGGCUGGAAUCACCUUUUGCUCGGAUAUAUAUCGAUCGCUGUCAGAAUCUCUCUCAGCGCCAGCAGUUGAAUAUACUCCGGUAUAUCUAUUUAAGCUAACAAUUUGUUAUAAAACUGGGUAGGAUUCACUCAGCCUCUUUGACCAUGGAUCCAAAUAUGAUUAACCUGUGACAGCUUCUCUUGUCUUCUUUUGUCAACAUUCCAUCGAAAUAGUCAAAUUAUCAAUCCCAUCGAAAAUAGCGACUGAGAGACGCUUGAAUUUUUCCUCUGAAAAGCAGACGACAUGGCAUUAGGACUAGGCGGUCAGUUUCUCCUAUUGCUGGGGAAGGAAUUCCUCUUAGCGCGCAGGAAGCCGUGUUCCCUGGUGUUUCAGUUUAUCCUACCCCUGGCCUUUGCAGCUUUCUUGGUCGUACUUCGCAUCUUGGUCGAAAAUGAAAACAAAGCGGAAAAAAUUUACGAACCAUUAUUAUUGGAUCCACCUCCUAACCGAACUGUAUACGAAAUCCUGUAUUCUCCUAACACCACAAAGGCCACCGAGAUCAUGAAUAACGUCCAGACCAAACUAGGAGGGUCGCCUUACACAGUUCAAGGCUUUGCGAAUGAGGCGGCCCUGGAGUCAUACAGAGAUAUUAACACUGCCAAGGUCUGGGCCGGUGUGGUGUUCGAUACCUCCUCCAACGAUUACUCCGCCACGAUACCCAACCGAGUCCACUAUAAGCUCAGAGUGACCCGCUUAAACCCGGAAGAUUCUUGGCAAACAGCCAACACCUUUCCCUUCUUCCGAACGCCCGGGGCACGAGAUGACUCAAACGAGGGAGGGACACCGAAUUACUAUACCACCGGAUUCCUGACCCUCCAGUACCUCGUGGGUCGUGCUAUAAUAAACAUCCAAUCGGGCACCACAACCCUGGAUACCCUCAACUUCAACAUGAAGAAGAUGGCCUACCAGUCUUACAUCAAAGACGGUCUCCUGAGCGUGCUACAAAUAUGGCUGCCGUUCUUUGUGAUGCUCAGCUUCAUCAUCACGGCCUUGCAGACGACAAAAGGCGUGACGUAUGAGAAGGAAAAAAGACUGAAGGAAUCCAUGAAGUUGAUGGGGAUGAGUGAAGCCGUCUACUGGGGCGCCGUCUUCGUGAAGGCCAUGGUAUUCCUGUUCCUGGCUUCGGUCUUCUACCUUCUGUGCCUGUUUGUGACUGUGGGGGAGAAUGGGCGUGUCCUCAACGCCUCCGACCCCUCCCUCAUCCUGGUCUUCUUCAUCAUCUACGACGUGGCCCUCAUCACCUUUUGUAUCAUGCUCAGCACCUUCUUCAAUAAAGCGAACGUUGCGUCCUAUGCGGGAGGCCUUCUCUACUUUGGAUUUUUCUUUCCCUGGUUCUUUAUCAACUCGGAAUACGAAACCAUGACCCAGGGCCAAAAGUUUGCCUCAUGUCUACCAUUCAAUACAGCCAUGGCUAUGGGAUUCAACAUCAUCGGAAUCCAUGAAGGAACUGGCGAGGGAGCGCAAUGGAACAACUUCAACAAAGCGCCCUCUGUUGACGAUAACUUCUCACUGGGCGGGGUCAUGUUGGUUCUGGUUAUGGACAUCUUCUUCCAUAUACUGAUCACGUGGUACGUCGGAAACGUGUUUCCGGGAGAGUUUGGCAUUCCUCGACCUUUCUACUUCCCGUUUACGAAGUCAUACUGGGGUUGCUGUGACAAAACGGAAAGGAAUUUUGAUCAAGAUCUACGUCACGACACAAGAAAUCCAAAAUUCUUCGAACGCGACCCACCGGAGCUAAGAGCAGGAAUCGCGAUAGAGAAACUCAGAAAGGUGUACGGGUAUGGUAAAAACAAGAAGGUGGCCGUGGAAGGUACAACAAUGAAUAUUUAUGAGGGACAGAUUACGGCUUUACUGGGUCAUAAUGGCGCAGGAAAGACCACAACAAUGUCAAUGCUUACAGGUUUUCUGGCUCCAUCUAGCGGCACAGCGAAAGUAAACGGAUAUGACAUCAUGACUGAUAUUGAUAAGGUCCGUCAGAGUAUCGGUCUCUGCCCCCAGCACGACAUUCUGUUUGAAAACAUGACCGUCGAAGAACAUCUUCGAUAUUUCUGCAAGUUAAAAGGAACACCGUCCAAAGACAUAGAAAGCAAGGUAACAGAAAUGAUCAAUGUUUUAGGAAUGGAAGUAAAGACUGACUACGCUGCUGGAAAUCUUUCAGGCGGACAAAAACGGAAAUUGUCCGUAGGAAUUGCCAUAAUCGGAGAUUCAAAGAUAAUUAUUUUGGACGAACCUACCUCGGGUAUGGAUCCGGCAGCGCGUCGUCAGACUUGGGAUAUUCUAAAGAGGUUCAAGGCCAACCGAACCAUGAUUCUGUCCACUCACUUCAUGGACGAGGCCGAUCUCCUUGGAGACAGAAUUGCUAUAAUGGCAGAGGGCGUAGUCAAAUGUUGUGGCACUUCCCUAUUUCUGAAAAAGGCAUUUGGAGCUGGAUACCACCUUGUUAUGGUGAAGGACGCAUCUUGUAACGUUGCCAAGGUGACAGAGUUGGUUCAGUCUCACGUGCCAACAGCCAAACUGGAGAGCGAGAUCAGCGCCGAACUCUCCUAUCUCUUACCGUUUGACCAGUCAAAGAGCUUCGCCAAUCUCUUUUCGGAUGUGGAACAGAAGAAGUCAUCAUUAGGUAUACAGAGCUUCGGUACAACCGCUACCACGAUGGAGGAAGUCUUCCUAAAGGUUGGAGAAAGCGGAAAGGAAGAUGUUGAAGAAGAAAUUGAAAGACUCAAUGCGCAGGCGCACUUGAUAGCCCAAUCGCCGACCAAAGUCCACGCAGUCAAUGGGGCAUUUGAAAAAGAGAAUGGAGACGUUGAAAUGACUGAUGUAAAGAAUGGCGACGUGAAAAAGGAUUCAAACUUGUCUAAAUACACAGAGUUCAAUAAAGAGAUAGUGAAGAACAAAGGAAUGGCGCUGACCCUGCAACAGUUCAAGAGCAUGAUAAUCAAGAAAGCCAUCCACUCAUGGCGGAACCGCAUCGUCACGUUCGUCCAGCUAUUACUUCCGGUCAUCUUUACGAUCCUCGCACUCGUGAUUGAAGCGAACGCCAGAGAGUUUGCCGAGGAACCAGCCCUGAAUCUAAACCAGGCCAAGUUUGAGAACCCUGUGGCCCUCUAUGAUAAUCCGGCCAACCCGAUCGCCGCCAAGUAUAAAGACCUGUUUACGACCAAAGAAGACACCUCGGCGGCAUCCUCUUUCGAUAGAUACAUUAUAGACAAGAUGAAACAGGUGGGCAUGUCGACGUUCAGUAAGAGCUACAUCGUGGGUCUCCAUGACGACGCCGCUGCCAACACAACCACCUACUUCAAUGGCGACCCCUUCCACAGCCCCGGCAUCGCCCUGGCCUACACCAUGGACGCCAUACUGAAGGCCUACAUGUCAAAUACUUCUUACGGCAUCACCACAGAAAACUACCCGUUUAAACGGGACCUGGAGGGCAACUCCAACAGGGCGGCUGGUCUCGCCGGAAAUGGAUUUUCCAUAGCGUUUGUCAUCCUGUUCGGGGUCGCUUUCCUGACCACCAGCUUUAUCCUGUUUCUGAUCAAAGAGCGGAUGUCUGGAGCGAAGCAUCUGCAGAAGGUGAGUGGACUCAGUUCGGUGACGUACUGGUCGGCCAACUUCGUCUGGGAUUAUUUCAACUACCUCAUUCCCGCUGUGUUAAUGGUGGUCGUUUUUGCUGCAUUCCAACCAGACGCUUAUUAUCUUGGCGAUCCAUCCAGAAUCAGUUUGAUCUUUCUGGUGUACAUUCUGUUUGGAUGGGCGUCUCUGCCCUACACCUAUGUCCUUCAUUACUUGUUCAAGACCCCGGCCACGGGAAUGGUGACCAUCACGAUGAGUAAUAUUUUGACAGGUUUGGCCACUACCCUGGCAGUAUUUAUGUUGAUGUUUCCAACAUUUGGAACACAAAACAUCGCUCUGGGAUUGGACUGGGUGUUUGCCAUCGUGUUCCCCCAUUAUAACCUGGGUUCCAGUAUAAUGAACAUUUACACCAACUACCAGUAUAUCAACACGUGCGAGAGAAGCAUGUACCAGGUCACGUGUAAAAUUCCCGCGCUUUCUUCAGGAAGUUGUUGUAUGGAUAACUGUGGUACUAGUUGCCUUCGGUUCGUGCUGGACUACCUCAGCAUGACUUACCCCGGCAUCGGCAAGUACGUACUGAUGAUGGCGAUCCAAGGACUUGUGUACUUAUUGCUAGUCACAAUGGCCGAGCUAAAUUUCUUCUUCUGGGUUAUGUACAAACUGAGAGGCAAAGCGGCUCAUACAGCCCAAGUGGACUCCGAACGGGACAACGUCUUGGAGGAGGAUGAAGACGUCGUGAAUGAACGUAAAAGAAUUAAUGGCAAUGAGAUCGACACACUUCAAGGAAAAGAUGCUCUUAUUUUGAAGAACUUGUCCAAGUAUUAUGGGAAUUUCCAAGCCGUGAAAGGAGUCAGUAUUGGAGUACCUCGGCAGGAAUGUUUUGGUCUGCUCGGACAAAAUGGCGCCGGUAAAACGACGACUUUUAAAAUGAUGACAGGAGACGAGAUAGUUACCGGGGGAAACGCUUAUCUCGAUAGAUAUGACGUGAAAAAUCACAUUAAAGAGGUCCAACAGAGUUUGGGAUACUGCCCACAGUUUGACGCUCUGAUUGAUCAAAUGACUGGAGAAGAAGUCCUUUUUAUGUUUGCACGUCUGCGCGGAGUUCAGGAACAAUUUAUUGGUCGAGUUGUGUCGGAACUGAUUAAAGUUUUAAUGUUACAGAAAUACGCUGCUAGGCAAUGUGGCACGUACAGCGGUGGAAAUAAAAGAAAACUGAGCACAGCGAUUUCUCUCAUCGGAGAUCCACCGUUUAUAUUCCUCGAUGAACCUACAACAGGAAUGGAUCCUGGGGCUCGGCGCCAGUUGUGGAACGUUUUGUCACAAGUUCGAGAGAGUGGACGGACGCUUAUUCUAACUUCUCACAGUAUGGAGGAGUGUGAUGCUCUAUGUACCCGUCUCGUCAUAAUGGUCAAUGGACAAUUUGUUUGUCUGGGAAGCCCUCAACACCUGAAGGACAAAUUCGGCAAUGGCUACACACUGAUUGUCCGUCUGUCUGCCGAAAAUGGCGAUUCUGCAAACGUCAAGAAUUUCAUCACAGAGAAAUUUCCGGAUAGUCAGGUGUUUGAUGAUCAUCAAGAUUAUCUGCACUUUCGGAUUCCGAACACUUCCGUUUCGCUGUCCAGUGUUUUUGGUGCCAUGGAGAAAGCGAGUGAGACCCUGGGAAUAGAGGACUAUUCCGUACAUCAAACAACCUUAGAACAAGUUUUUCUGUCUUUUACAAACAAACAAGUUUCACCAGAAGAAAAGAAAAAGCGCAAAGGUUGCUGUGGACUGUGUACAUGUUGCUCAUUUUGCGCAUGUGUGUGUUGCUGUGGUGGGGAUUGAAGUCAGUUUGUGUGUAGUUUGACUGUAAUCAUGCAUGUCUAACACAGGGACCUCUUUACAAUGCGCUAAUCUGUAUUUGUUUAAUCGGACUUUAUCUGAUUCUUGUUUAAAAGGCGGACAUUCUUGAUUUAGGGAAAGCGAAUUUUACGAAGCGUUUGAUAGGACACGUGCAUACUGAACAUAUAUUUGGAAUUUCGUUCGUUUUCUUAAAUGUUUCUCAAAUUGUUUGUGUGAUGAACUUUGUAUUUUUUUUCUUCUCAAAAGCUUGAUGCCUACAGUAUUUCAAAAUUCUGAUCAAAUCUGAGAAUAAGUUUAUUUAAUGAUUGACAUUUAUAUAGAAAUUGAAUGAGGUGAACCAUCCAUCGAAAUGCAACAUUCCAAACUACAAGCAGUGGUAUGGUUGAUAUCACAUGGAAGGGCAACGUCACGUGGUGCUUGAAUGUAGUUAUUAAACAAUUUCUUUACCGUUUUUUUUUCUAUAACGAAUUGUUCUUCUAUGAUUUGUUUCGAUUUCUUUCUAGUACAGUAGAGCACUUACAUUCAAAGACAGGAAUACGCCCUUCUUUGGUAGGGCAAAUUGAAUUUGUAUUUCCUUGUUCGUUUUGUCGUUUAAUUCGUCUGAAUGUUCUCACGCUUAAAAACGUUUUGUAAAUGAAAAAUGUAUAUAUAUAUGUAUAU